GUGGAACCUCAACCCAGCACGUUAUCGUAAUAGAGUCUGCAGAUGCAGAGGCUGCAGYUCCUGGGGUUAAGCAGGAGAGGUCUGAAGGAAAUGAGCUACAACACAGCAGAGACAUCCAGACUGGAGCAGCGGCUGGAGUAGCACCCCCUGUAGCCACGGAGGACUCUACCACCGCCCCAGCGCAGCCCAGGACGCGACGCAGCAUCACGGAGGUCAGUGGAACGCUGAACGCCGUCUUCAAGUCAGAGACCGACACAGAGACUUUAACUGUAACACAAAGGCUUUUGCACACAGGAUCUGACCACAUAUCAGACCCAGAGAGACUAGGGCCACUGGGCUGUACUGCUCCCGGCUCAGAGUAUUUACUUUACGGUAACCACUCAGGUGACGUGUUAGAGACUGGCAAUGAUCCGUCUUGUUCUUACGCUACAGGGAUGGACCCUGGCAACAUGCCCUCAGGUUUAGAGACACAGACUGAUCUGUCUAGAGGGGACUGGAACCAGUACAGUAGUAGUGUAUACUCUGAAGGGUGCGUAAAGGGUCUGGUUGUAGAUAAAGUGACUGUGAAAGUGGAGGGCGAUGUUCCUCUCACAUGGAAUGCAGAUAGUCAAAGCUUAGAGACAAAUCCAAAUGUCGCGACCCACUCCCCUUUACACGCAUUCAGCGGUCACGACCCAGUGUCCACAUCGAUGGGGCCUUCCGAUUCAAACAACCGUGUCCGUUUCYAUCAGAUAUUGAACUCAAACGACAGGGCUAGAGCCCAGGCUCGGGGAGGGGGAGCAACAUCAGGCAAUACUAAAGAUAAACGGUUCCUCUACAAGUUCUGUAACAAAGACUUCAGCUGCACCCAGGAGUCAGAGAUCCAUCAGAGGGUCCACACAGAGGAGAAAUCUUUCAUCUGUACCCAGUGUCACAUGCMCUUCGCCCAAGCUGGCACCCUGAAGAGACACCAGAGGGUCCACACAGGGGAGAAACCCUUCAAAUGUACCCAGUGUCACAUGCGCUUCGCCCAGGCUGAGGAGGAGGGUCCAGAGGUGUUGCUGGUAAAGGAGGAGGGGUGUGAGGAGGGUAGUUGGCUAGAGGCUAACAGAGGAGCCUGGGCGGCCAUCUUGGAUCCCCAGACCCAGACUGGUGCAGCCAAGGGCCCGGGGGAUGACAUCCCCGAGCAGGCCAGGAUCAGAGGCGACAUAGUGGAGUCUGCAGUCCAUGAGGACCUGCUGAUGUCCAGUGUUGCUAGCGGGAGAGACUUGACCUCUGAAGCAGCUGGUCACAAACCCUGGCCCCGGAUCAGAACCAUGGAUCAGGAGCCGUUGCUCUUCCUUCCCGAGUCGCGUUUUGCUAAGGUGAACUAUGUGAAGCAGCACCAGACCGUUCACACCAAGGAGAGGCCCUUCAUGUGUAAGCUGUGUUACAAGAGCUUUUCCUUCCUUAGUAACCUCAUCAGACAUAGGAGUGUCCACAAUGGGGAGAAAUCAUAG